GAGAAAAGGGAUAACAGAACUUGGAAGGUAGGAACAACUUCGGCUGCAGGGGGACGUUAAAAAGUACAAGCAUUUCGUUCGCUGUUCGCAUAUUACAAAACGCCGCGCUCUCUCCUCGCAUUCCAGAAUUAUUUCUCUAUUCGAGGCCUCUAGUGUUGUACUGGCUCAAAAUUCGUCCUUUCCCUCGUAAUAUUGGUUAGUUUAAUGGUUGAUGCACCUUUAAUAGGAUGGGAGCUCAGAAGAGCAUCCAUGCUGGUAAAGCUAAGAUUGACGUCAAUGUUGAUUUCACUCACAAGCUGUGUGCUUCUUUGAUGUUCCCUGCGCUCAGGAGUUCCGGCAGUCCACUUUCGCUGAUAAUUGGGAGUCUCUGCAUCAAACAUCCUAACUUAUUUGGAGGAAGCGAGAAGCUUGAUGUUUCGUGGGAUAAAGGUCUAUAUGAUUCAAAUAUCCUGGUUGCUUACAGAAGGCCACGACCCGAGUGGCUAGCUCAGCAGUCUUUUGUUAUACAGCAUUCUCUCUCACCUGACAUUGGAGUCCAUGGUAUACCUAUAGAGAACUUCUCCCGUUCAGGUAGUGGAGGCAUAAAUUUAUCUCGAUUCUCCAUGGGUCUGGAUCUGAAUGAACCACCAAGUUCAAAAUGGAGAAACACAACCAGCAUAAAAUUUGAGCACGUGCGUCCAGUGAAUGACGAUGGUCGCUCCAUAAGUAGAGAUUAUGAAGGGUUUCCUUUGACUUGCAGUGGUAAUCCACAUGACAGUAUGGUAGUGUUAAAGCAGGAGUCUCGAUUUGCAAAGGCAGAUGAUCGUAGCUUUCUCCAAUUCAAUCUUCAAAUCGAACAAGGUAUUCCAGUUCUUUCCAAGUGGCUAAUCUUCAAUCGGUUUAAGUUCGCUGCUUCCAAAGGAAUCAAACUUGGACCAACUUUUCUCUUGACAAGCCUUACAGGUGGUUCAAUCGUUGGGGACAUGGCUCCUUACCAAGCCUUUUCCAUUGGAGGGCUUGGGAGUGUGCGCGGAUAUGGUGAAGGAGCUGUUGGAUCAGGGCGAUCAUGUCUGGUUGCUAAUAGUGAACUGAAAAUCCCUUUGAACAAGAUGUUGGAAGCAGCUGUUUUCUUUGAUUGUGGAACUGAUUUAGGAUCUGGUCAUCUUGUACCUGGAAAUCCAUCCUUGAGACAGGGUAAACCAGGAUCUGGUAUUGGGUUGGGAUAUGGACUUCGGUGUAAAUCACAAUGCGGUCACUUUCAAGUGGAUUAUGCCAUAAAUGCUUUUCAACAAAGAACUCUCUAUUUUAGUCUUAGCAAUCUUGGUUCAUGAGAUCCUCAAACCCAGGAAGUUGCAGGCGCUGGCCAUUUUCUGUAUUUUCUCAUCCCUGAUUAAUUGCAGAAGUCUUACGGCAGAUCGAAAGCUGAAGCUACAGAGGCCUGUGCUGUUUCAUCCCGAGUUAAGCAUCACAUCAGCUUUAAAGCUUGCAUUAUCUCCAUAUUUUUUUGUAGCUCCACAAUAAAUUAUGUUUGUGGGGAGAGGAAAUAUUAGUACAUUCUUUUUCCGUAUACAGUACAUGAUAGAUGACCCAAAUUCUUCUUCUUCUUCUUCUUUGUUUUGUUUUGUACAUGAUAGCUGAAAAUUUUCUGUAUGGUCUUGCUCUUGUUAAUGAAUGCAGGCAAAUUGAUGUUUUACUGUAAA